AAACUAUAUUCUAAUGCAUGCACCAUUUUUUAAUAAAAUAAAUUAUACAAGAAACGAGAACAGAUGUAAUGUUAACUUUUUGUAACUGCUCACGAUAUCAUGAGUGGAAUGUAUGAAACAUCAAUUGGUAUCGAUAAACAUCGAUGAUUAAACAUACAAGGACUCCGAUAGAAAAUAUAAAGUGAUCUUUUGCACAAGAGAUGACCGCACAUAUGCAUUUUAAAAGCUGUCAUUGGAUGCUACCAUUUGUUUCUUAUUGUUUUUAUAAAAAUGGUUUUACCCCUUUUCAGAAUUUUACAAUUUAAGAAGAAUGGGGAACAGAAUAUUUAAAUUUAAUGAAACUUGUUUUUGAAAAGGAAGAGAGGCAGGAAUUUAAAUAAACUUUUGUUUUGUAGAAUGAUGAGGUUGAAUUUUAAAACAGUAUUACUUAUAAUAGUAGUAGCAGUGUUAAGUUCAAUAUUGACAUCAUGGAAUAAUUGUGGCAGCCCAUCAUUUUUUAAAGGCGCUGAUUGGAAAUCGAAAUUUCAGCAUAGAAAGGACCGAGUAAACUUAGAAACUGGAUAUCAAGAGAUAGAUUGUCAUAUAAAUGGCGAUUAUUCCAUUGGAUGCCGUAAAGAAGGAGAUGAAGUUUACAUACCAUUUUCAUUUAUUCAUAAAUAUUUUGAGAUUUAUGGAAAGUUAGCUACCUAUGAUGGACUAGAAAGAUUUGAAUGGUUGCACAGUUAUUCAAAAAUUGUUAAUCCUAAAGGGAAAUAUGAUCCCCGAGGAGUGUUUAUGACCUUUGAGAAUUAUAAUGUUGAAGUUCGAGAACGUGUUAAAUGCAUUAGUGGAAAUGAUGGAGUACCAAUAUCCACUCAAUGGGAGAGUCAAGGAUAUUACUAUCCUACACAAAUUGCUCAAUUUGGACUAUCACAUUACAGUAAAAAUUUGACAGAACCAGAGCCUCACAGAAAGAUAAUCGAGGACUCUGAUAAAGUUAAAAGAGAAUGGAUUAUACCUCAAGGAUCUAUCGCGUCUAGAGUAUUUGAUAAACAUGUUAACAGUCAUGUAAUGAAAUUUGCAACACCAGAAACCAGUACUUCUGGUAUUACUUUGAAGUUAGACCAUGUACUAGAUUUUGUACUGAAAUGGGAUUUUAAUAUUAAAGAUAAUGGAAGCAUUAUGAUCACAUUGCAAUCUAGAGAGAGAAAGGAAAUAUAUUACCUUCAUUAUGUUACUACUAACAUAGUACUACAUACAUAUAACAAUCACGUUUAUUACGGAAUUGGUCAAAUUAAUCAUCAGUGGAAAAGAUUUACUAGAGAUUUAGUUAUAGAUUUACAAAAAGGUUUAUAUUUAAAUGAUAAGAACAAGAAGAAAAUGUCCCGUUCAAAAUUAAAAAUUGUGAAAAUUACAUUGUACGGAUCGGGAAUGAUCGACAAUGUGACAUUAUCUACAAGUGAACACAUGGAGCAAUUUUAUGAUGCAGCUAGAUGGUUUGUUAGCAAUCAGAACAUUAGUUCUGGUGGAUGGGCAAACCCUGUUAGAAGAAAAGUAGCAUCAGGAAUGGCUACUCUCGAGCCUGGAUGGUAUUCUAGUAUGGGUCAAGGACAUGCAAUUUCUGUGUUAGCACGAGCGUAUUAUCAUUCUGGUGAAGAAAAAUAUUUGCAAGCUGCUAUUAGAGGUUUGCAACCUUUUAAGCUAUCCUCUAGUAAAGGUGGAGUAGCUGCGAUAUUUUUAAAUAAAUACGUGUGGUACGAAGAAUACCCAACAACACCUUCUUCAUUUAUACUUAAUGGAUUUAUCUAUUCUUUAAUUGGUUUGUACGAUCUGAAAAGUAUAGCAACAGGUAAAGAUGCUGAAGAGGCAUCCCACCUUUUUAACCAGGGUAUGACAUCGCUGAAGAACAUGUUAACGCUAUACGAUACAGGUUCUGGUACUACAUAUGAUUUACGUCAUUUUACAUUAAAAACUGCUCCAAAUUUAGCUAGGUGGGAUUAUCAUUCAACUCAUGUUAAUCAGCUUCUUCUUCUAAAUUCAAUUGAUAACGAUCCGAUUUUUACUACUACAGCAGAACGAUGGAUAGGUUAUAUGAAUGGUAAGAGAGCUGCACAUAAUUAACUUCCUUUCUUUUAAACUGACUGAUCUUACAUUUGUAUUUUACAUUUUAACUUAUUAAUAUUUAAUAUUUCAUUUUUUCCGCUCUCAUUUUGUAUAAUAUUUUUUGUAAAUAAUUUUGGAUAGUCACAGAAUAAAGUGGACCAAACUGUA